CAUGUCAGUGUGCUUCCCUUAAGCACACUGCUUUGGAUGGUUGUUCUGUGCACAGUCAUCCAAAGCAGCGUGCCCGAGGUGAAAGUAAUUGCACCACUUAGAGUGCACAAAGCUAGGCACCCAGUUAACCCUUUGAUCACCCUAGAUGUUUAACCCCUUCCUGGCCAAUGUCAUUAGUACAGUGUUACUGAAUAUUUUUAGCACUGAUCACAUUAGUGUCAUUGGUUACCACAAAGUAUCAGUUAGUGUAAUAUUGCAGUCCUGCUAUAA